GUUACGCAAUAGCCUAAACAUGAAAGAUCGUUAAAGUGCGCUGUUUGAAACGCGAUUUAAACGUGUUAUGGUUUAUUUUAAUUAUUCUGCGUGAGUUUGGACUUAUUUGGUCUUACUAUGGAUCUGCUGGUUUGCUAAUCAUCGAGUUCGAGCAGAAGAACAGAGAAGCGCGAACGCCUCAGAACUUCAGAAUGAAGCUGCAGUGUGAUGUGGAGGUUGUGAACCGCAUGUUGCCGUCGAUGGGUCUGAGGAGUAAAGGCCGGUCCAGCCGCGCGGUUCUGUCCAUCGGGAGGCACGGGGACCGGAGCCUGUACCUGCUGAUCUGCACCGCUAAAGACCGCAGCGGAGCCCGAUACAAGCUGAAGGAGAACAUCGAGAAGUUCUUCACCUGGUUCGUGGAAGAAGGCAAAGCCACGGUUCGGCUGAAGGACCCUGCGAUUGACAUCUGUCUGAGUAAAGCCGACUGCAGCAGCUUGAAGAGCUUCCUCUCCGCCGCUCGGCUGGCACACAGAGGAAGUGACACGGACUCCCUCCCGCUGUCGGCCCUCGGCCCGGCCCGCGCACGCGAUGUGGAGAAACCCAAGAAGAAGCUCAGCAUUCUGUCUAAGAAGGACUAUCCGCUCACGUCCAGCUUCCCGUACUCUCUGGAGCAGCUGCAGGUGUCGUACUGCAGACUGACCCGUGUGGACCUGCGUAUGCUGUCUCUGCGAGCGCUGCGCCGGCUGGACCUCAGCAACAACCACAUCAAGAAGCUGCCCUCCACCAUCGGUGACCUGAGCUGCCUCGCCGAGCUGAUCCUGCACAACAAUCACCUGGAGAGCUUCAGCGACAGCCUGUGCUCCUCGAGCCUGCAGACGUCGCUCCAGCAUCUGGACCUGAGUCAGAACCAGCUGCAGGUCCUGCCCGCUCGCUUCUGUCAGCUGCAGCAGCUGGUCAACCUCAAGCUGGACCAUAACAAACUCCUGCGUCUGCCUUUCCACAUGGGCCGGCUCUCCAAGCUGCGCUUCCUGUCCGCCGCUCACAACCAGCUCACCGUACUUCCUGCCAGCUUCAGAAAGCUGUGUCUGGAGAACCUGGACCUGUUUGGAAACCCGUUCGCUCAAGCCAGCGCUCUGGAGCACACGAUCCGGCUCACGUUCCCGCUGAGGCUGCAGGAGCUAGCGUCCCGCGCCGUGGUGGAGCGCAGAAUCCCUCACGGCCCUCACUCCGUCCCGCUGCACCUGUGUCACGAGCUGGACUUCUCCAAAGCCUGCGCCUGCGGCCGGGUCUGUGUGGACUCCUACAUCCAGACGGCCGUCAGCAUCAACCUGCACCUGGUCUCUCACACCGUGGUGCUGGUGGACAACAUGGGCGGCACCGAGGCUCCGGUGCAGAAGCACUUCUGCUCGCUCCUGUGUUACUGCGAGUUCAUGGACGGCGACCUCAGAUGACCUCACUGACCUUCUGUUUCAGUGUUUGUUCUUUUAGCUCGAUGUUUAAGGGUUUGUUCACUGAACAGUUUUGUGGAAAAGACCUUUAAACUCCAGCAUUGCAACUUAUGUUUUGUGAAAUAAAUAAAAGUCAUUAAAACAGAAGUUUGAGCUG